AUGAAUCCUUCAGAAAGUGUGCCUGAAUCGAAUCAGUUGCUGACUGUCGAUACAGCAACAGUAUGGAACAAUCGAGCAAGCUCUUCUUUCUCCAAUGACCCCCAAAGCUUCAACAAGCCGUCUUCCUUUCUUCAUGCUCAAUAUCCACCUCUGACUCGAGACAGGCUAAAAAAAAAGAAUAUGCUAGAUACUCUUUUACACAAAAAUAAUAAUCUAGAAGCUCCACAGGUCUCUCGUAGACGGAGUAUAUCAAACGGAAAUAUAUCCCGUCGAUUAUACAACGAUGAUAAUACACCUAUCAUUAUAACCAACCGGAUAACUGAUCAAGAGAGUAGUCUUGAUAUGUCAGAUUCAGACACAUCAAUUUUGCCAUUAAAUUCUGCAACAGCAAUAGAAGAGCAAGAGCAAGAGCAAGAGCAAGAGCGAGAGCGAGAACAGAAGCAAUUGAAACUCCAACAGCAACAAAAAAAGCGACAACGACAAAAAGAAAGAGGAAAAGGGAAAAUGAAAAUAAAAGAUAAAGAUAAAGCAAAAGCAAAAGGAAAAGGAAAUCGGUCCAUAAAAUUCACCGACUCACACCUUACCCAAGACGAUCAUACAGAAAUAUUUGGUAGUUUCUGUAGAGAAAAGCCAUAUACUGAAGUCUCGAACCAGCAAUGCAACACUUGUUGGCUAGAUGGCACCAAAAGCUCACAUAACCAUACCCGUCAAAGUAUAAAAGGAGAUCACCAAAACAAAAACCUUCAAAGAAGUGUUGAUAUUGCCGAUAGACCAUCACGCGGAUUCUCUGAGAUUCUUGAAAUAUCAUUCUCUCAUCUUAUAAAAAACCGGGUCUCAAUGGGUCAAUUUCGCCCAUCGCCCACCAGCAGCUCUAUCUGGAUGAAAUUGAUUGACUAUAUUACAAUGGCAGCCUCAAGGGUUUCGGAUGCUCGGAGCUGUGAGCCAAUAUCUACAAGACCAGCAACAGAAGACAUGCUGACUUUGUUAGAGUAUUCCAAAAAAAUAUUUGUCCAGAAUAUUACCAGAUAUAAUUUGUAUAAAAGCAAUAAUAAUACCAACAAAGACUCAGACUCUUCAGAUUCCCGACUGUCCAAUCCAGAGAUCCACAAUCUCAGUAAUUGUGAAGAUGAAAACAUAUCCUUUAAACCGCCAAAUAAAACAUAUUCACAAACAAACACACUAUCUAUAUACUCUCAAAACAAAUGCAAAGGCAAAGACAAAGACAAAGACAAAGCAAAUGUGAGCCUAUUGACCCCAGUACAUCCAUUGGAAAUAGGAAAUUCCAAAAUGGCCUUAAGAACCUUGCCGAAUAAUCAGAAUCUUGAUUGUGAAAAUCAUUUACCGGACUCACAGCCUCUAGUCUAUUCCGAGCCUUUGUCAACCAAGUCGUACAAAAGUGGAAGACCUGAUCCAAGACAAGACGAAGUAGAUCCUAAUAUAUGCAUACAUUUUGAAGGCUGGUCUUGUGGACUAUUUGGUCCGAAAUCAAAAGGACGUACCUGGCUGUGGAAAAUAAUUGGCUCAAGGUGGUUUGAUCCGUUUAUUUUUGUACUGUUGUUCAUGCAAUGGACGAUAUUGUCUAUCACCUCAAUUAAUACUCCAGAAGAGAAAAAUAUAUUGAGCAUUCCUAGCCAACAGCUACUCUUACUGAUUAAUAUAAUAUUUACUUUUGAAGCCUUGGCAAAGAUUAUUGUUUAUGGAUUUGUUCUGACACAUCAUUCAACAAGCUGGUUUUUUCAUACCGAACUUCAAAUACUCUACAGCUGGUUUUUACGUACAGACAAAUUAAAACACUUUUCAGAUUCGACGAAUACUGUCUCUGAUAGCCAUACAUCAUUACCGGCGUUUUCUUGGCACUUGACUUCCCCGAGAGAUACCAUUACUACUACUACUACUAGUAAUAUUAGAUCUAAAGCCAGUGUUUCCCCAUCGCCAGUAAAGUCUUGUAUCAAUGAACAAGUUCCUCCCUGGAUUCAAGUUCCAAGAUCACCAUCAUCUUCUUCUUUUCCUUCUCCUCCUCCUUCUUCUUAUAGUCAUCUGGAUAAAACCCCUGGUGACCAAAGGCCAUUUUCUGUAAUUGAAGCAACUGACGACGUAAAAUAUCCUUAUACACACACAUCCGGAAAAAUAGAUCGUGGAUUCAAAUACGUCCCUUUGAAGUAUAGGGAUCAACUUGAUACAGAAAUCAAGGAAGGCUUAGAUCACUUGAAAGUGGCCCACUCUCCAUACCUACGUCGGAUCGCAAAUUUCUUGGAUUUUGUAGCUCUGACAUUUUAUUGGAUUGGGGUUGUUUGUGCAACAACUUCUACUUCUCCGAGACGUUGGUCGUUGAUUCAAGGGCUUUCGUCUUUGAGAAUCCUACGAUUUCUUGUGAUUACUAAAGGCACAUCAGUUAUUAUGCAGUCGCUCCAAACAAGUUUUGAUAUUCUUUGCAAUGUUGUGGGGUUCUUUGCGUUUUUCAUGCUAUUGUUUUCUCUCUUGGGACUCUUUCUUUUUACCAAUUCUUUCUCUCGGAGAUGUGCUGUAAUUCCUGACGGAAGGCUGAGCAAGGAUAUGACUAAUAUUACCUAUGUCAACCCAAGAACAUCUUGUAAUAGCUACUAUGAUCUUGACGGCAAUAGACGGAUGAACGUUUACGACAUAAAUAUUGGAGAGUUCAUUGAUGUUAUUACAAGGGAUGGAUAUUCAUGUCAGUCUGGACAGAUAUGCCUUCAAGACGAGAAAAACCGGCCUGGGUGGACCUACAUUAGCUACAGUAACAUAUUUUACACAAUGCUAAAUAUAUUUACAGUGAUCUCCACAGAGGGCUGGACAGAUUUGAUGUACAUGAGCCAAGAUGCGAUAUCUUCUUCUGGUGCAGUAUUAUAUUAUUGCUGCUGUAUUUAUUUCAUGACAUUUGUCAUAGUACCUAUGUUUAUUGCUGUUAUUACCACCUCGUUCUCUCAUGCUCGAUGCAACAUGCGUCAAAAUAUAUUCUCAAGUCAAUACCAGGCACCGAAAACGGUAUCCAAGUCUAUGCUUGAAAAGAAUGGUGAAACCAAUGACUUUGAAUUGCAUAACAUCAGUGAUUAUGUUGAAGUAUCGGUCAACCCAUCAAACAUAUUAUCAUAUUUCAAAAAAUGGCUGGCUUGUGCUAUUGAGAGUCGAUACUUUUUAUGGAUCAGUAAUACUCUUGUCGUGGCUAAUGUUAUAACAAUGUCAUUAUACACCACUCACCUUGAAAAAUCAGAUAUGGCAUUGUUUGAUUUUGUUGGGCGAAUAUUCACCUUUGUAUUCACUGGCGAGAUCAUACUUCGAAUAGCAGGUUCUAGUAGUUUCAAAGCUGAUCUCAUCAUAGUCUUAAUUACUCUGAUAAACGAGAUUGACAAUGUGCAAAAUAGUCCGUUUCAUUCGUACGUAUACAUAUUUGCGGUUUGUCGAUCUUAUCGUCUAGUGUAUAUCUUUCCAAGGGUCUUAAAGUUACUGGCAAGUGUAAUUUCAGACGGACAGGGUAUCCGGAACCUGACGUUCUUUACGUUCCUUGUUUUAUUUCUACUGUGUCCGAUAUCAAUGCAAUUGUUCGGAGGUGAUUUUGUACCAAUCGAAGAGGUUGAUGAGCCUGGAAUGCGAUUUGACAACUUUUAUCAAGCCUUCUUGUCUCUUUUCCAGAUCAUGACAGGAGAAAACUGGACAGAUAUUCUGUAUGAUUCAAUGCAUAGUCAAGCGUAUUCUUCAAUAGUAUAUGCUGCAGUGUACAUGAUAAUUGUAUACUUUGUAGUACAUUUCAUUGUCGAGAACUUUGAGCUAGAUGAAUAUCAAAUUAGAGAAAUACAGAUCAAGAAAUACAUCCGGCACCACAGAUGGCAACCAGAAUACUACCGGAUCGAUUCAAUAAGUCGAUUUUUGCUACCUUUUUUUGUCCAGAAAAAGAACCCAAGGCUCCACAUAAAAAAUUUACCCCAAUCUCUUGUGUUGCCUUUGAACAAAGACAGAUUUAAGCUGUUCUGCACAAAAUAUUACAUUCAAAAAUCUGAUUUAGAUGACGAAAAUUUAGAUGACUUUGAAAAACUUAAGAAUAGAAGGAGAUCUCAAGUCUAUCUGGCUAAAGAGGUUGAAAGAAAGGCAUCGAUUGUAUCAACCCUUAGUUCAAAGAUCCAUGCACCAUUUCUAGGAGCAACUUAUGAUGAGGAUGAUGAGGACGAAAAGCCUUUGGUAAAAUACGGGGAUGAAUACGAGAUCAAUGUUGCAAAUGAAAACAAGGACGUUAUCCUCGAAAAUCUUGACACCUUCAAAGCACUAUUCUUAUUCGACUCUGACAAUAUCAUUCGAAAGUCCUGUAUUCGACUCUCGUCAUUCUCCUUGUAUCAGUGGACUAUUAUGGGGUUUAUCUGUGCCAGUGCCGUUUUGAGCGUUUGGACCGAUGAAUUUUAUCGCCAAAAUGAACCUAGAACUACCGCUGUAGUAGAGAUAAUCCAGCACAUUUUCUUGGGAAUCUUUUGGAUUGACUUUUUGGUUCAAGUGAUUGCGGACAGUCUUAUUGUACUUCCGGAGGCUUACUUGCGCAAAGGAUGGAACAUAAUAGACCUCUUGAUGCUGCUGGGCCAGACAGUUUGCUCGAUUUUCCUGAGAGGAGAAAAACGCGGCAAGUGUCUGCGUAUACUCCGUACCCUUCGUUCCAUUCGGAUCAUGUACUAUGUCAGCGGGAUGCGAGUAAUCUUUCUCGAUCUUGUACAUGUUUUUCCAAAGCUCUUUGAUGCAGUUACGCUCAACCUGCUGGUCUUUAUUCCAUUUGCAAUCUAUGGCUCAUACAUAUUUGGUGGCCGCUUCUUGAGGUGCAACGAUGACAGUGUUUCUUUUAUGGUCGAGUGUCAUGGCGAAUAUCGAUCUGUUGAUGCAAGCACAAAGCAUAUCACUCUUCCACGAGUCUGGCAUAAUCCUUAUGACUACUCGUUUGAUAACUUUGGAAACUCUUUAUUACACUUGUUUGAAUGUGCCUCUGGUGAAGGAUGGGUAUCUUCGGUCUUUUCGGCCAUGAGUGUGCCUAUUGAAAAAGGUGCUCAACCUAGAUUUGACUGGAAUUCUCCUUCGAUAUGGUACUCACUUUACUACAUCUGCUUUAUGUUUCUCGCUUCACUGUGCUCCAUCCAGCUGUUUAUCGGAGUCUUUUUGGAAAUAUUCAAGCAAAGGAGUGGGAUAUCGUCUCUCACUAUCCCACAACGGCAAUACAGAGAUCUCCAAAGACAGCUUGCCCUUAUGGGACCCUUGAGAAAGGUGGAUCCACCGUUGGAAGGAUCACUGCGAGAGUUUUGCUACAAGCUGAUUGCUGAAAAGGAUGUAAUAUUUGCUUCUGAGCAUAUGAAUCAACCUCUUUGGUUAACAAACUUACAAAAUGUAUUGUACAUUUUAUUUUUUGUACUAUACUCGUUUGAGGCUCUUAUUAAGCUGAUUGGACUUGGAUACAGAAAGUGGGCUUCUACCAAAUGGAACAUAUUCGACGCAUAUGUGCUUUUUUUGAGUAAUUUCAAGCUAAGAAUAUCUGGUUCUUUCUUUAUCACAAUGAUAGCAAAACGUUUUACAGGAAAUAUGCCUUCUUUGGAUAUCCCAUAUAAGUUACUGCUUGUCGCAGUUGCUUUCCGCUUAGCUAAGAGAAGCGAGUCCCUGGAUACAUUAUUACAAGCCAUACAAAAAGCAUUACCUUCCAUAAUUUACGUGACAACAGCAUUCUUUAUUGUUGUUGUUUGCUUUGCCGUGGUUUUUCAGGAAGUGUUUGCUUCUACUCGAUAUGGUCCAUACGGAAAUCCUCAUAUAAAUUUUCGUAGUCUUAAAACAGCCAUGUUAACAUUAUUUAGAAUGACAACAGGAGAAAACUGGGACUUUUUGAUGCGUGAUUUUUCUGUAACAUGGCCAAACUGUGUAGAUGAGAAAGACUGUGGAUCACCUACAGCAGCAUUUACACUAUUUGUAAUCUUUUAUAUCAUUUGUACUUAUAUAUUUGUAAAUAUUUUUACUGUGAUUGUUAUUAGUAAUUUCUCCUUUACAUUUGACAAACAUAAUCAAUUCACACUAAUAACCCGGUCAGACUUGAGAAGUUACAAACAAGUCUGGGCAGAAUUUGAUCCAAGAGCAACUGGGUACAUCAGAAAAGAAGACGUCCCUGGUUUCUUGCGAGAGCUCAAAGGAACCUUGUCUAUUCAUAUGUAUAAAAGGGAGUAUAGUAUCCAAAGUCUUUUGGAAGCAAGUGAUCAGAUGGAUGCAGACCUUAGUCAUUUGGCAUCAGUGCCACUCUCAGAAUCCAGACUGGAAUCUUCUUUCGGAGCCAAUAAUAUAUUAGGCGAAAAAUUCUACAAUUUUUAUAAAGUAAAUCAAAGGCUUGGUACCAUGGAUAUGAAAGCUGUUCAAGAAAGAAAAAAGGCAUACAAUUUGGUAUAUCAGGAAAUUAUGAUGGUCUCUACUCGAAAUGGAAUCUCGUUUCAUCAUAUGCUGGAGAUUCUUGCACUGCGGCUUGUGGAUAUAAACAGGUCAUUGACGUAUCUAUGCAGGUUUGACAAACUUGUGUACCAGACUCGAAGGCGACAAAGAGUCUUGAGAAUGGUCGCCAAUGAAAAAAUCAAAAACCUAGUUAGCAUGUUUAUUUUACGCCGGCGAUACCUACAGAAGCUCCAGGAGAAGCAAGUUUCCCAGGUCAUUGACGUGGGAAUAUUUGACAAUUGGAAAGACGGUCCAGAUAGCCAUUCAGCCCAUUCUUCUCAAAUAAGUCUAGUCAACGACAGCGCAAGUAUGGAUCUCAGCAACCACAAUAAUGCUCCUAAGAUUGUUAUUGAUGAGCCAGGUGGCUGUAAUACACUUAAGCGUAUACCAUCCCAGCUCGACACUCUCCUUCACCAACGUACCUUUAGGCAGCCUGCUCGACUUCCGACCGAGUCUUCUUCCCCAACAGCUGCACAUUCAGUCCAUACUUGUGUCGAAAAGGAUGAUUACCUUGCACCAAAGCCUGGAUUAGCUUUGGUAGGCUCAGAGUCUAACAAAGGUUUAUUGAUUAAUACAAAAGGUCACAGGAAAACCAUUUCUCUUCACUGUUGGCCCAGAUUGAGUGUCUUUCCACCUGAGAAUUCCGACAGUCACCAGAUGCCUCUGGUACCCGAAAGCACAUUUGAAAAGUACUAUACCAUGGAUUUGACUCUUGAAAGCAUGACGACUGAAGAUGCAAUGAACCUAACGGAUCAAAUCAAGCAGACCAAAUGGGCAGAUAUGCUUACAGAGCUUGAUAAUUAA